UAAGCUUCUGGGGCGACCUUACACCACCCUCGAGAGGAAAAUUACACAUAUCCAAGCCCAAAUUACAAACUUUGCCUCCAUUGAGGAUAACGGCAUCUUGGCAUCUCCGCAAUUGAAAGCUGGCCCUUCAGUCCCGCGAUUCUUCCUUCCACUCCAAUUGUACUCUUCCAACUCAUUGUUGAGGAUCUCCAGGAAACGGAGACAAUCUAAGUUAUCAUGAACUUCAGAAACCUCUUCUUAUCGUUUUUCUUCGUUCUGGCGGUUGGACUGGCUCUAGUCCACGCCGAAGAAGCUAAUCAGCCCCGUGGCCCGAAGAUCACUUCUAAGGUGUACUUCGACAUUGAGCACGGUGAUAAGCCAUUGGGCAGAGUGGUGCUCGGAUUGUACGGGAAGACCGUUCCCAAGACCGCCGAGAACUUCCGGGCUCUCGCUACCGGCGAGAAGGGCUUUGGUUAUGAGGGCUCUACCUUCCACCGUGUGAUUAAGGAGUUCAUGAUCCAGGGUGGUGACUUCACCCGCGGUGACGGCACUGGCGGAAAGUCCAUCUAUGGCGAGAAGUUCAAGGAUGAGAACUUCAAGAUCAGGCACACCAAGAAGGGACUCCUAAGCAUGGCCAACGCCGGCAAGGAUACCAACGGCUCCCAGUUCUUCAUCACUACUGUUCCCACUCCAUGGCUCGAUGGCCGCCACGUUGUUUUCGGCGAGGUCCUUGAAGGUUAUGAGGUGGUUGAAGCCAUCGAAAACGUUCCCAAGGCUCCUGGCGACAAGCCCCAACAGGUGGUCAAGAUCGUCAAGAGUGGAGAGCUGGAGUCUGAGGACAAAGGUAGCCACAAGGAGCUGUAGACCUUCUCCAGGUCAAUGUUUGAUUCUUGGAAGAGUUUGAAAAGUGCUGAUAGUUCUUGACCUCUAAAGAAGACAUCGUUAUCAUUGAGGAGCCAUCAGAAACUCCAGCACCAUCUUCACCAGCACCAGCACCCGCAUCAGCAAGCGCUUAUGCUUCCUCUUAUUCUCUUUCCGGAUUUGUAGUAUUCCUUGUUGCCGUUGCUCUUAUAGUGAUCUCUGUUCGGAAGGUCUGCAAGGCACGGUGCCAGUGCAAAGCAAAUGAUGAGAAAAGCAUUGUUUAAAGAGACCUGCAGGAUGACGAUUUCCAAAAGUUGCCGCGGACCAACCAUCCAAUUAGAUUCAACUUCACCGAUACAUUUUGACCGUAGAGGGUACCUAAAACUAGUCUCCAUACUUACUAGCACAUAUCUCCCGUAGCGUCUAACGCGCUUUGCGUGUC